UGAGCUCUGUCACCUUUGCAUCGUGGCUGUGAUUGUUUCUUUUUCCAAACAUUUUCUACAUUUUCUUGACUUUUUCCUACUUCGCACCAGUCUAUUGAGCCCAAAUUUGGAGAUUUUUGCGUCACGUGCAGCUUGCCGGCCUGACGAUCGCACCUUCCUUGCUGGGUACCUCACCUCAGGUACCUUCCUGAGCUAAGGUACUGCCAAAUCCCGGAAUCGACCUCUCGCCUCUCACCUUUUCUCAUUUAACAAGCUCACAACUCCAUCCGCUCGCUCACGUCCCUUUCUUCCUUUGUCGAUACCCACCGACCUGUGCCGGCUGUCUUUUGUCUAAUUGCGCUCAUUUACUUGCCCCUGGGUUGAAAUCGCAGAUCCAGGCCGACGGACUUCUCUAGCUUUGCUAUCCCUCUGACAGAAAACAUUCACAAUGCUCGGCUGGUAUCAGGCAAGACUUGCGGCUCGCCCGCUGCUCACCCAGAGCAUCACCACAGCCAUCCUCUUCGCGACCGGUGACAUCACCGCCCAGCAGCUUGUUGAUAAACGCGGCCUCGCGAAGCACGAAUGGGCCCGCACAGGCCGCAUGGCCCUCUACGGCGGUGUCAUCUUCGGCCCCGUCGCCACAACUUGGUUCAAGUUCCUGCAGAACAAUGUCGUCCUCAAGAACAAGAACGCCGAGAUGCUCGCCCGCGUUGCCGUCGACCAGGGUGUCUUUGCCCCUGUCAUGAUCAGCGUCUUCCUCUCCUCCAUGGCCACGCUCGAGGGCGGCUCAAUCAAGGAGAAGCUUGACAAGAACUACAAGACGGCACUCACGUCCAACUACAUGCUCUGGCCGUUCGUCCAGGUGGUCAACUUCAAGUUUGUGCCGCUUCACCACCGCGUGCUAUUUGUCAACGUCAUCAGCAUCGGCUGGAACUCUUAUCUUAGCUUCUUGAACAGCCAGUAGAGGAUGUUGGGGACUGGGUGGUAAGGUGGGCUUGAGGUGGUUGCCACCAUUUGAUGGAAGCAGUCUCAAGCAUGAGAAGAGGCAACUGAGAGCUUGCUGAGAAUUCCAGCUUGGUAUAGCAAUUCGUGGCUUCAGAUUUCGAGCAUUAGAAGCAGGAUAGACGGGAUUAAGUGAUCAGCAGAUGAUCAUGAGCAGGGCCAAUGGGAACAUACUGCACCAUUAUUCUUAUUAUAUCUGAACAGAAAGAGCUGCCUCAAAGCAAUGUGACGAUAAGCCUGCCAUUAUUGUCCGUUAAGGAACCGAUAACCCCAUCAGUUCAUACUGAUUCAGGUAUUCCAUAUACCAGUCAUAUGAGAGAACAAAGUGAGAUAUAUCUCACUUGGAUAGUGACAAAGACGUCGCCAUAACGUAGUUCAAAGAAGGCACGGGACCCCAGGCUCAG